AUGCGGUUGUCGGCACUGCUUCGAACGAGAUGGGAUGUAGUGGUAUCAGUGGCAUUAUCGAGACCGCAGAUAAUAGCUCCACCCAUGACCGAAAUUGAAAAGAAUUUCCAAAGGUUGCAACUUGAAGAAGAACGCGAGAAAAGCUUGCUGUGCGAUUUUGAGCUAAAAUCUCUAAGUGAUGAGAAACUUAUUGCGAAACGAGCAGAAUUGGAGCGUGAAGGAAAAGAGUUGUCAGAACUUGAUGAGCAGAUUGGUAUAACUAAUGCCCAGAUCGAAGAUGAAUGGAAUAAAGAGGGGGAACAGCUAAUGGAAAGUCUUGGACUGAACAACCCACAUUCAAGUGAGGAUAAGGAUGAGCGUAGUUUGAGAAGGAUGUUAGACCGAAAGCUCUUACUGAUUGUACGACAACGAAUGGGGCAGGCAAACUAUGAAAGCCCGUGGAUUUUACCUCAAACAAAACAUUUACCUGGAGAAAGUCUAAGAGAGACAGCUGAACGUUGUCUUAACGAAAUUGCAAGUGGUGUGAAAGCUUCCAUAUAUGGUAAUGCUCCGUUUGCUGUUUUCUCACACAAGUAUCCCAAACCAUUAAAAAAUCGGCUGGAAAGUGAGGGUGCGAAAAUAUUCUUUUAUCAUGCUGUAUUAACACCGGGUAGCCAGUUCUCUCCUAUCAAAGAUGAGGUAGUUGAUUACAAGUGGGUGGUGAGAGAAGAGUUUUGGUCGACCAGAUCAACAAAGAAGUACAAAGCUUGUGUUAACAGUGACAACUCUGCGGGGCAAAUUGAGGAGACAUUUGAUUCGAAUGAGAUGGAAGCGGUCAUGGAAACCUAA